AUGACCAAUCGCACUACAAGAUCAUCAUCCGCAAGAAGAAGCCAACCUCCUGAUGAUCCAGCACCUCAAGCUGAUGAAGGUUCUGGUGCCACGCAAACACAAACUCCUGUUUCAAAUUCAAACACACAAGCAACAACAAGACACCCACAAGUUGAUUCCGUUCUUGUUCAAUUGAAUGAGCGUGUUGAACACACGGCCAGGAACCUUUUGCAAACACAAGGCAAAUCGAGAACUGAACACGAGGAAGCCAUGCAUCAGCACUUUCAAGCACAAGAAGCAAGAGCAAUCUAUCAGCGUACCUUGGCCAACGUUUACGCCAACACAAGUAGCAACAAGGAAGACCAAAUCGUGCCUUCAAACAUGCCGAUGCUACAGAUAAAAGGUGGUCCCAUGAGAGACGCGAACAAGGUCGUGCAUGAAUCAGUACAAGCAUUUUUUACCAGCUUCGAAGCCCAAUUGAGAAGUCGCCCGCUCAACUUGAACCGCCAUUGGGAACGCUUGAUAUGGACUACUCUUGAUUCGCAACAACAUCAAUGGGCCGCCAAACGCCUUGCUGGUAACCACUUCACAUGGGAUCAAGCAAAAAAGGAGAUCCAGAAGAUAAAAUUUCAGCGACCAGGUCAAUCACUCAAGCUUCACACUGAAGAAUGGCAAGAAUUGGCUUUUGAGGCCAACUGUGAGCCUAGUCCCCAAACCACGUUUAACUACGUCAAUUCCUUGUUGAGGCCUGUAUGGGAGACUAUUUGGCCGAUCUUGGCUACCAAGUUUGAGUUGGACCUGCCUGCAUCCAUCAAUGAAGUAGCCCAAUUGGCUAUUGGCUCUAUAGGUGAAUACAUGGAGUACGAUCACGAGCAAUGGACACCUAUCAGACGUAAGCGUCAACACAUGGGUACUCAAGAAGGCACAUACAAAAAACUACACUAUGGCAAUUGCCCUGUGCAUCCCAAGGGCAGCCACUCUGCAAGUGAAUGUCAAGUCCUUCGUCACAUCAACAAAAGUCGUUCAGAUGUUUCUCAACAUGCGCCUUCGCACAAGGCCACAACACCAAAGCUUUGUCACUAUUGCAAGAAGGUCUCUUAUUAUCGUGGACAUACAUGCCCAGAAUAUCAUCAACAAAAGAAAGUUGUCGACAACCGUAGCACACAUGUCAACACGACAUCCUCGCGCGAUCAAGCUAUCAUCGACCAUCUUUUGCCCAUUAACCUUGAGAAAAUGGAUAUUUCCGCUCAUCAAAUCAAAGCAGUAUUAAAUAAAGAUGUUAUCAAAUAUACAACUGUAUUUCUCGCACAAAAUGGCUCACAAGCCGUAUUGCAUGGUUUAGCACAAAAUGUUCAUUUACAAUAUGAUGGCAAACAACGUAUACACGAUUUCUUAGUUAUGGAAUUAUCAGGGGAAGCACCGGUAACCAUUGGCCUUGACCUUAUGCCCAAGCUUGGAAUUGGUAUCACAGAUCUUGCCGUAGCGUGGGAAAAGCAACCACCCAACACCAGUGAAAAGAUAAAUGACGUACCCCCACCAAACGAGUCCCCAGCAGGCUCUUCCUCACAACGUAACGCUUUCUUUGACAUUGUUCAACCAACAGUCGAUCGCAAUGCUCUGAUUCCACCACGUUCAUUUUGCACCGUACCUGAAUCGGUUAUACACCUCGACACGGAAGAAGGCGUAGUCUCGCAUCGAAGACAAUACACGCUGUCGUAG